GCAUGCAAAGUGAUGAUGAAACCAAAACCAUCAUCAUUCUCUUCUUCUACUUCUUCUUCUUCUCUUCUUAUCAGAACCAAGCCUCGUUUCUCUCCCUACCUCUUCAUUACCCUUUUAACCUUCAUUCUCUUCGCUUCCAUCCUCUAUGGCCAUGAUUCCUUCUUCAUCUUCCAACAACUACUACACAAUAAACACAACACACUCUUAUCCACACCCACCGAGUUCACCGAGUUGACUCAUCCCCCGCUACCAGAACAACAAGAUUUCUCGUAUUCCUCCGAGAGGCGCACGGAGGAGAAGGUGGCGGCGGUUGCGGUGGGUGAAACGGAGGAAGGGUGUGAUGUUUUCAGUGGAAGAUGGGUUCGGGACGAGUUGACUCGGCCGCUCUACCAGGAACCGGACUGUCCGUACAUACAGCCUCAGCUGACGUGUCAAGAACACGGCCGUCCCGAGAUGGAGUACCAGCGGUGGCGCUGGCAGCCUCACGGUUGCGAUCUUCCCACAUUCAAUGCAAGUUUGAUGCUGGAAACGCUUCGUGGGAAGAGGAUGCUGUUUGUUGGAGACUCCCUUAAUAGAGGCCAAUAUGUCUCUUUGGUAUGCCUUCUCCAUAGUCUCAUUCCAGAAGGUGCAAAAUCCAUGGAAACCUUUGAUUCACUCACUGUAUUCACAGCCAAGGAAUACAAUGCUACAAUUGAGUUCUAUUGGGCACCUUUUCUUCUUGAAUCAAACUCCGAUAACGCAUUCAUCCAUAGGGUAUCUGACAGGAUCGUCAGAAAGGGUUCAAUCAACAAGCAUGGCCGUUUCUGGAAAGGUGCUGACAUUGUUGUAUUCAACACCUAUCUUUGGUGGAUAACUGGUUCCAAGAUGAAAAUCUUGCUUGGAUCCUUUAAUGAUGAAGCAAAAGAGAUUGUUGAGCUGUCAACAGAGGAGGCUUAUAGAAUGGCUAUGAAAAGCAUGGUUAAAUGGGUGAAGCAGAACAUGGACCCAAACAGGACAAGAGUGUUUUUCACCAGCAUGUCACCUUCUCAUGCAAAGAGCAUAGAAUGGGGAGGUGAAGCAGGAGGUAACUGCUACAAUGAAACUACACCAAUUGAUGAUCCCACAUAUUGGGGCUCUGACUCUUACAAAAGCAUAAUGCAAGUAAUUGGAGAAGUCUUCAGAAAAUCCAAUGUUCCCAUAACAUUUCUCAACAUCACACAGUUGUCCAAUUACCGCAAAGAUGCACAUACUUCAAUCUACAAGAAACAAUGGAACCCUUUAACACCUCAGCAACUAGCUAACCCUUCUAGCUAUGCUGAUUGCACACAUUGGUGUUUGCCUGGACUACAAGAUACUUGGAAUGAGCUUCUUUAUGCAAAGUUGUUUUAUCCUUGAAAUUUUUGCAUUGUGUAUAGUCAAUAUAUUCAUUUUGUUCUUUUAUUUGUUUCUGUCAUUUUUGGUACGAAUUUGGUUGAUUUAGACACUAAUUUAAAGAUGUAUUAAAGUGUGACAGUAAUAGCAUAAGACAACAGAGAAAGUACUAUUCAUCUAUUAUGGUCCACAAUUCUGUGGCUUCAGAAGAAAUUUUGUAAAUGAGAGGGUCAAUUAUUUUGUUGGGAUUUUCAUUUGUUAGAAAGUGAUACAUAUUAGAGAUGGUCAAAGGGAGAGGUUCAUGUAUAAAUAACAUUCAGCAUUAAAGGAGGAGAGAAGUGUAUAUGAGAUGAGAAGAUUGAAUUCUGUUGUGAAA